ACAUGGCACUGCAAUGUGGCCACCAUACAAGAAUGCUGCCAAGCUGGCAAAUGCAAUACGGAAUUGUGAAAAGCCUGUGAAACACUGGACGGAACACAAGUGUCGGGUGCUUUAUCAGUGCGAGACUUAUGAAAUGGCAAGACAAAAAGAGCGCCAGGCAGCGAUCACGUCAGACCUAGCAAGCGACAACGACAAUGACGAAAUCUGCAUCCUCAAGAGGAAGCGUCGCCGACCACAACGCUUUUUAUCUUCUGACGAAGAGAGCAUGAACGCCGUGGAUGGAGCCGUUUCAGACGAAAUGGCAGAACCUCCUGCUGAACAGCAACUCACAGCGCAGUGUAUUCCACGCCCACGACCUCCAAAGAUACCAGGAUCUCAGCCUCGCACUUCACAAACUGCGUCGGUUCCUCGCUCACUCUCUCCCCCAAGGUCACUGUCACAAGGGCCAAGAAACCAUGAAGUGAGGGCCAGAGAAAGUCCCACGAAGUCUUCAUUAGAGCACAAGACCCUCAAGGUAUUGAAGGGGAUAAAGACACAACUAGCUAUACAAGCAGGGAGUCUGAAAAGAAUUGAAACGGCGCUCUCAGCACACAUUCCACCAGCAGCACCUGAGCCACCAGACAGUCAAGUGCUCGAACUGCUACCUCUAGCAUCCAGCAGCAGUCUUGAUGAGCUUGAGAAACAGCUCUAUGCACCCAAAAGCAGAUCUGAUCUUGUGUCCUACCUCUCAACUAUUGGCGGGGCUUCACCGCAAGACUGUGUGCGUCACAUCAUGCGGCGGUGCAUGGUGGACUCGUAUGCUCAAGGCUUCUGCAUGACUGGAAGGAAAGGCAAACAAGCCUUUUUGGGCCACAAGCUGUUGGACGUCGUCACUGGCGCAGUACGGAAGCAUUUCCCGGAAGAAACUGACACACAUCUGAAGACGUACGUUGCAGACUGGCUACGCUAUGCUCCAUCAAGGGUGAAGAAACGGAACAGCAGCCCUCAGGAACAAGCACCAUCUGUGUAACUGUACACAUAAAUAAAGCUUUUUUAAAAUAAAAAGCUUUGCACCAUAAUCUACCUGAGCGCCAUUAGCCUGUCAUAAUCGCAUAUCUGAGCCA